GGUAUGACACAAGGCCGAAGCCGCAGCCGCAAAACAGAAAUUGGGGCUUUUUCUAUGAACCAAUAGAUUUCAUAUUAAACCAAAAUUUUGCGUUGUUUUUGCUUUGUCGCAGAAGAAAAACAAAAAGGGUUGAAUCGACGAUUUAAGAAAAUCCCAACUCCAAAGCAUCCUCCUUUUUCUUUCUCGUUUUGUUUAAUUUGGAGUUGAAGAACAUCAAAGGGCUACAAGUUAAGAAAUUCGUAAACAAACCUUUGGCUUUUAUUUGUUAUGAAACGAGGAUACCCUGAUUCUCCUUCAAGCUCUGGUCCUCCCUCUUCUUCCAGAUUCAAAUCUAAUCCCGAAGGUGAUUCUCAGUUUCUGGAAGAUGAGACCACUAAGAAUUUUGCUCGGAAAGUUGCUGAUCAUUACAGUCGGAGAACUAACCAAACAUUGGAAGAGCGAGAAGCUAGUCCUAUCAUUCAUUUGAAGAAACUUAACAACUGGAUUAAAAGUGUGUUGAUCCAGCUUUAUGCUCGUCCUGACGAUGCUGUCCUCGAUCUUGCCUGUGGAAAGGGUGGUGAUUUGAUCAAGUGGGACAAAGCGAGGAUCGGGUACUAUGUUGGGAUCGAUAUUGCUGAAGGGUCGAUUGAAGAUUGCCGCACGCGUUAUAAUGGUGAUGCAGACCAUCAUCAGCGGCGUAAAAAGUUCAGUUUUCCGUCCCGUUUACUAUGUGGGGAUUGUUUUGAGGUAGAGCUAGACAAGAUUCUUGAAGAGGAUGCCCCUUUUGAUAUAUGCAGUUGUCAGUUUGCUAUGCAUUACUCAUGGACUACUGAGGCACGAGCACGACGAGCUUUGGCAAAUGUUUCAGCUUUACUCCGUCCUGGAGGUGUCUUUAUCGGAACAAUGCCAGAUGCCAAUGUUAUUAUAAAAAAACUCAGAGAAGCUGAAGGUUUGGAGAUUGGUAAUAGUGUAUACUGGAUUCGUUUUGGUGCAGAGUAUUCCCAAAAGAAAUUCAAAUCUAGCAGCCCCUUUGGUAUCGAAUACGUGUUUCAUCUUGAGGAUGCUGUUGAUUGCCCUGAAUGGAUUGUACCCUUUAACGUCUUCAAGUCUUUAGCAGAAGAGUAUGAUUUAGAGUUGGUAUUUGUGAAGAACUCCCACGAGUUUGUCCAUGAGUAUAUGAAAAAGCCAGAGUUUGUGGAACUCAUGAGAAGGCUUGGUGCUUUGGGUGAUGGUAACAAUGAUCAGAGCACAUUAUCAGCUGAUGAAUGGGAAGCUGCAUAUCUAUACCUCUCCUUUGUCUUGAGGAAGAGGGGAGAAUCAGAUGGAGCUCGAAGGAGUGGGCGGAGGAAGAAUGGGAAAAUGAACUUAUCAAAAGACGAUGUUUUGUAUAUCGAUAACUGAAGUGUGAGAGACUGUUCCAUUACAUACCAGUGUCUCAAGUCUCUGUUUUGGUCUCACUUUGUUCUCUUAUGCUGUAGGCCAUUUUGAAUUGAGAGAUUGGUUUACAUAAGAAAAAUCUGCCCCCUUCACAAAGAAAGAAGAUGACAAGAAGCCUAAUAAUACGAAUAGUUGUUGGAACACUUGUGUUUUCAAGUGUGUAGGCUUUUAAUAUACCAUCAGGAUGAUGAACAUGAUAACCAUCAUGGCAUUAUUCAUGACUUGUAUUAUGAUGUAUUUGCAGCGUACUUUUGUUUACAAAGGUCGAUGGCUUUUUAUUUGUAUUACUAUACACUGAGAUUAUAUUCACUGUGAACUUGACGAAAUUGAGAAAGAUUCAAGUUUUUGUUAUGUUAUUCUGUUGC